AUUGCAUCACUUUUCAACCAUUCAUUUCUCAGCAAACCAAACCCAGAAGCCAUGUCUGUCAAGAAGAGUCUCUCUCUCAACAACGGCGGAGCUGGGAUGGGUGGUGCAUCUACGAAGAAGACUAAGAAGAGUUAUUCUCUAAACAAUGGUGGUAACGGCGGCGAUGUAGUUACAGCAAAGCGCAGGCGGUUUGAUCGAUGUUUUUCUUUCAUGGAGAUUUCAACAGAACAAGGAAAAUCACUCAAGGACAUGGAUUCGGAGAAGUUGAAAUCUGGGAUCAGGAGGUGGGCUAAGGCUGUUGUUGCUUACGCCCGCCAAGUCAGCGGCCGCUUCGGAGGCACUCGUGGCUGACUGAUGACAAGCCUAACUGUAAGUGCCUAAUGGAAGUAGUUCUGCUUUGAACAUAGUGAAUAUCAAAAUGAUGGAGUUACUUGAGUUGUAACUCAAUUUUCCAUGCUGAUAAACGUAAAUAGGAGAUUAAGAAAUGAUUGAUUGAUUGGUCCUUGUAUGUAAAUGCGCCCAAUGAUGUAAAUAGUUGAUUUUUCCAUCCAAAAUAAGGCCUGUGUCAAGCCAAGUAUCCAAA